AUCUAAGUUUUCGAAGAGACUUCUAUGGACCAAGGUCCACCUGCACCAAGCCGUAAUUCCGCGCUUGACAGACACGCGUGGUGAGUUGACCGCGGCUGGUUAUGCAGAAAUUUGGAUGGGUACAGUACUACACUUGAGAUACACAUGGGAGGCACGUGAUAGCAAUACAACCCUAGAGCCUAUCUCAGAUCGAUCGAUCCCUCUCUCUCUCUCUCUCAUCGUUCUCCUUGUCUCUCCACCCCCGAAUCAGAGGAGGUGAUUGAGGUUGCGAGUUCCGGCAGCGAUCGGAGGCACCAGAUCGAUAUCCUUCUCCUUCUCAUGGUCAUCUCGCUCAUCGUUGUCCUUGUCCCCCCAAUUUGAUUCACGUCCCCGAUUCAGAAAUUAGAAGGUGUUGAUACAUUGGGGUUUCGAAUAAGUCAUUUGAUUGGCGGCGGCGUCGUAUUGGGUUUGGGAGUUGUGAAAGCUUGUAUGUACCUGCGUAUAGCUUCUGGUCUUCUAGUACCAGAAGCCAAGCUGUUUCUGCAUUCGGAGGAUUUGCUUUAUGUGGAUAAAGCCAAACCCCAUGAUCGCAGGACGAUGUGUGACUCACCGAUUGUGCAAACUAAGUUGAGCAAUCAUUUGCAGGUUAAAGAUUUAACUGAGCAGUUUCCAGCCGCUACACCCCUUGCUUUGGCACUGAAACAGUUCUUGGCAGAUUGUAGUCUGGAUCAGUCUUAUUCUGGUGGCUUGAGUUCCUACUGUUUGGUACCACUAAUUGUGCGUUUUCCCCAGCAUGAGUGUCUUCUUGACCGACCUAUCAACCAAGAGUUUGGAGACCUUCUGAUGAAUUUUCUUUAUUUUUUUGGGAAUGUUUUUGAUCCUCGGCAAAUGCGUAUUUCCGUACAGGGAAGUGGCGUUCAUAUAAAGAGGGAAAGAGGUUGCAGAAGAUGGGUGCAGUGUGUGCAACAAGGAGGUUUUUCACCACUGGGCUUCCUAGUGAUGUUGUUGUUGAAGUUGGAGAAAUGUCUUUCCAUCUUCAUAAUUUUCUUUUGCUCUCAAGAAGUCGAGUCAUGGAAAGUUGAUUUCAGAAGCAUCUGAAGAUGGAGAUGAAGCAUGCAAAAUAAACCUCCCUCAUAUUCCUGGUGAGCUAAAACUUUCGAACUGGUAGCCAAGUUCUGCUAUGGGGUGAAACUUGAACCGACUGCUUCAAAUGUUGUAUGCCUGCGAUGUGCUGCUGAGCACCUUGAAAGGACUGAAGAGUGUGGGAGGUAAUUUGUCCUUGUCUUCAGAGGAGAGUUGUCUGCCCAUCGCUAGCAUCAUUUUCGCAUUAGUUAUAUCCAGAAACUACCUACGAGUAAGCAGUGAAGUUGUACUUUAAUGAUGAUGAAUACUCAUACAUACAAGUGAAUAAAGUUUGUUGCCUAUCAGUUUCUGUGUUAUUGGAAAGAAAUAGAGGCUUGAAGAGGACUGAGCUCUGUGCAGUUGGAACCAAAAUCGAUGAUACCGGCUCUGUUGGCAUCAAAUAUGGUCUCAAUUAUUGUUAUUUUCGAGUUCUAGGUAUUUAGUAUGCUACUAGCUUAUGAUGUUCGAGCACUAGCUUUUUGUUGAUAGUUUGUUACUUUUCUUGCUGUUACUAAUGUUCUUGUCUUUGACAUGUCUAGCUGCCAUAUAUAUAUUUUUUUUUUAAUCGGAAUCUUGCUGCCAUGUUGAAUGGAAAUUUUUUGGAGAUGUCAGAAAUUCCGGAGUUUUAAUUUUUGGUGGUUACUGACGAUGGCUUGCUGGAUACAUCUUAGUAAGGGAGCCAAAGGGCAGGUGCAUGGGACAUGUUCCUGUUUAAUUGUUGUUCAAGACCACCUUGAUUACAAGCUAAAUCCUAGUAUGUCCAUAUAUAGAAUUUCUUAAUCUUGUUGUCAAUCUAUUCCUUAUAUGGAAAUAGAAAUUGUCUGAGAGUUCCUUGGAGAAAUCAAGUUUAAAUUACUUUCAUUGUAUAGAACUAGUGUAUAAAUUACUUUCUGAAUAUAGAUUAUGCAUAAAUUCUACCUAAUAGUUUGACCA